GUUAUGACAGCAAGCCACGGGUAUAAAGAGUUGUCAGCAUAGCAUAAAAAGUAUUCAAAUUCAAUAUCCGGUCAUCUCUUUAAAGUGUUUGUUUCGGGUUUUCCAGCUCAGUGGCAUAUGUAUUUCCCAGUCUCGGCUGUCUCUUUAAGACAACGAUAGCUUUGUGUCUGAUUAAUUCAAUGUAACGAGAGAUGCAUUGGAGAAACCUAUUUUCUGCGGUUACUGUGGAUGUACCAGCUACAGAGAGUGUGAAAAACAUUGACAUUUCUUUCCUAUUGGUCAUGAUCAUCGGAUAAUCCAAUUGGCCGUUAUCAUAUACUAAAGUUAUAACGUGAUACCGUUAUUAUAGGCAACGGAUGUGGGGAUACAAAAAAAUAUGGAUUUAAAUUAGCUGUAAAUUAAGUCUCCAUAAUUUCAUCAUUUUUCUGUAAGAGGAUUUACCAAAAGUCGUUUUGGAGGAAUAAGAAUAUUUACAUUAAAUUGUUUGGAGGGGAGUUUUAUUCUGUCUGCACGAAAUGUCUGAAAAACACGGUCUGGAGGACUCCAAUCGGCAGGCCAUGUCCCAACCCAUGCAGCAAAUGCAGCCCCCUCCAUACCUCCCAUCCCAGGACCCUAACACUGGCCAACAACACUCCAACAUGCAGCACUCCAACAUGCAGCACUCCAACAUGCAGCACUCCAACAUGCAGCACCCCAACAUGCAGCACCCCAACAUGCAGCACCCCAACAUGCAGCACCCCAACAUGCAGCACCCCAACAUGCAGCACCCCAACAUGCAGCAUCCCAACAUGGGCCCUCCGCCCAGCUGUGGUCCCCAGCCCAACUACCCCCCUCCACCCCCUCCCCCUGGCUCCGAUGGCUACCAGGAGACCCAGUUCCACAAUGGAUCCUACGGAAACCCAGGGGCCCCACAGGGCUACACAGUCCAGACCCAGGGCCCGGGAGGGGGGGUCCCACAUGCCCCUGUAGGGUAUUUUCAACCAGGAUACCCUCUCCAGCUGCAGCCCUGCACAGCCUAUGUGCCUGUCUACCCCAUGGCGUCGGGACAGCCCUACCAGGGGAUGCCCCAGGGUCAGAUGGGCAUGCAGAUGCCCCAUGGCAUCGCUCUGAUGGAGCCCCGGCGCCCGCCUCACGACUACCUGCCCAUCGCUGUGCUCACCACCGUCUGCUGCUUCUGGCCCACAGGAAUUAUAGCCAUCAUCAAGGCAGUACAGGUGCGUACAGCAGUGGCCAGGGGGGACAUGGUGACGGCAGAGAUAGCAUCCCGCGAGGCGCGUAACUUCUCCUUCAUCAGCCUGGCGGUGGGCAUUGCCUCCAUCGUCCUGUGUACCAUCCUCACCGUGGUAGUCAUCAUCGCCUCCCAACACCAUGACGAUGACUGGGAACCCUAAUACAUAACACAGUGUGGCAUCAUGGGAUGUUUAGUUUUGGGUGGAGAUUGAAGAAUAAGAGCACCGGAAUUCACUCUCUGAAACUGGUAUGUUAUAUUGGGGGGUGUAUAUAUGUGUGUGUGUGUGUGUAUAUAUAUGCACCCUGUGUACUGUAUACAGUACUGACCUGACCUACUGACUACUAACGGGUUGAGAACCAAUCACACUUAUAUUCAAUUGCCAAAACAAAUAGAUACACAUUACUUGCCAGUAUUACUUACCAUUUACACUCGGAUAUAAUAGCUCUCCAUAGCACUUAUGGGGGAAACAGAGUACAUACACAGAGGCAUUAAAGGGCAAUUCCACCACAUUUCAACCUCAUUUUCAUUAUCUAUAGCACAGUACCAGUGUCUACAUAUGUGAAAAUGGCGCAUGACAUCAUCAAAAGUACCAAAAAAAAAAAAAAAAGAUUUUCAAAAACAAUGAGAUUCACAGUGACGUGGGGAGUAAGAAAAUGCCCUCCAUCUGGCUAGAAACUCGUUGCAGGUUUUGAAAAUUCGAGUUUUUCUUACUUUUCCUCCUGCCUUAUCACAGAGAAUAAUCUUUAGGAUCUUCUUCUCUUUUUAACCACAGAGCAUAGAAACGUGCAAACUUUCACAUAUGUAGACACUGGUAUGGUGCUGGAGAUAAUGAAUAUGAGGUUGAAAAGUGUCAGAAUUGCCCUUUACCUAUGAAUUACAGAUUAAUUUAUGGUCCCCUUGAACCUAGGUAGACCAAACCAUGGAUCACACUGUAUCUUGAUAAACUAAGCCUUCACAAAACUGCCAAAAAGAUCACAAAUCAUGACUGACAUUAGUGCCAUAUAUAAAUAGUAUUGUGUAAGGAGGUUGUUUUGAAUUACUUCUAAUAUAAAUACUUUUAUUGAAUUGUGUUUAGUCAUUUAUAGUUUUUGAUUUAUGAUUUUCAUAAACACCCACAUCUAACUAUAGUAUUUAAAAAAAUAUUUAUUAAAUGGAUCGUAUAAAUUAUAGUAUAAGACUGCCAAACAGACGUUGGUAUGGAGGGAUACAAAUGAUCAGUAUUCAUUUUACACACAAUCAAAUGGAAAAUAAAUAAAGACAUAUUGUUGUCUUAUUAUGAGAUUAAUAUAUGAAAAUUGUGGACUAAAAGAUUGGGAUUUGUCUCGUGAGAUGAAUGACAUCUCUAUUUCAAAGUUGUGCUGGCGGAGGGAUACACCAUAGGGUGUACUGUGACUGUGUCUUUUCUCCCGCCUUUUUUUUAUAUGACAUGGGACUAUUUUAGCUACAUUGACAAAUUGUUUGUUGCAUAAGAUUGUUUAAUACUUGUUCACUUUAUUUAUGUAUGUAUUUAGGUAUAUUAUAAUUUAUUAGUUUAUUUAUAAUAUUUAUUUUUCAUAGAUUAUUAGCAUGUCACCAUUUUGUUUUAGUUGAAAUCAAUAGUUUAUUGUACCCCUAUUGGCCUACAAAACCUUAACUAAACUCAGCAAAAAAAUAAAUGUCCUCUCACUGUCAACGGCGUUUAUUUUCAGCAAACUUAACAUGUGUAAAUAUUUGUAUGAACAUAACAAGAUUCAACAACUGAGACAUAAA